AUGGCCGGAACCGAGGAACAGCAGCCUCCUGUGCAGCCGGAGACCACGGCGCCGCCGCCCGCGGAGCAGGCCCCGAUUCAAUUUGACCCUCGUGUUGUUGGUGACCUCGACGAUGACAAUGACUCCGCUGCCGAUGCAGAGAGCCUGCGUGACUCUACCGCAUCCAUCACCUCGAGCAUUCUCGAAUACCGCAACAUCAAUGGUCGAAAGUAUCAGUCCUCCAAGACCACUGAAUACUGGGCUCCUACCGAUGAGAAGCACAUUGAGGGUCUUGAUGUCUCUCACCAGUUUACCCUGAUGCUUAUGGGGGACAAACUGUUCUUGUCUCCCCUUACUGAGAGCCCACAGAAAAUUCUCGAUGUUGGGACCGGUACCGGUAUCUGGGCCAUCGAUAUGGCCGACGAGUACCCCUCCGCCGAAGUCCUGGGCUUUGACAUCUCCGCCGUGCAGCCCAGCUGGGUCCCUCCCAACUGCAGCUUCCAGAUCGACGACGCCCAGCUCGACUGGACCUUCAAGGGGGACGAGUUCGACUUCAUCCACAUGCGCUACCUGUACGGCGGCAUCGACGACUGGAGCAAACUGUACCGCCAGGCCUUCCGCCACGUGAAGCCGGGCGGCUGGGUCGAGAACACCGAGAUCGACCUCGAGACGCGCAGCGAGAACCCCAAGGUGUCGGGCGACGAGGGCCACAUCUUCAAGAAGUGGCGCAACCUCUUCUGGGAGGCCGGCGAGAAGAUCAACCGCACCUUCAAGAUCGCCCGCGACAACCAGAUGGAGCAGAAGAUGCGCGAGGCCGGCUUCGUCGACAUCCAGCACCACCAGUGGAAAGUCCCCAUCGGCGGCUGGCCCCGCGACCCCAAGCUCAAACAGAUUGGCCUCUACAACGGCAUGUUCAUCGACCGGUCGCUGGAUGGCUUCGCCGUGUUCCCCAUUGGCGAGAUUCUGGGAUGGACUUUUGACGAGGUCACCGUCCUUGUGAGCAAGAUGCGUCUUGCCAUCAAGGACCCCAAGGCUCUUCCCUACUACAACGUGCACACCGUCAUUGGUCGCAGGCCAGAGACUGCGCCCGCCGCCUCUGACUAA